AUGCGUCGCCAUGGCAGGUCCAGUGGUGGUCCAACCAAAGCCGUCUCGCCCUUAUCCGACACGGUGUCCCUCAUACGUUCGUUCGAUUCGGUCAUGAACCCAAACCGACCUGCGCGUCCCUCGCCCCUAGCCUCCUCCCACAUCAAAGCUUUGCCUUUGGAACUGGUAGAUCGAUUGCGGUCUUUCCCGCUGUUUCAAGCUACUCCGGAAUCCUUUUUGAUCGAAGUCGGACAGCACCUGCGCCCACAGCUCCACGCACCCAACGAUUACAUCUUGACGGAAGGUGAUGAGGCAAAGGCAAUAUACUGGCUGGUGCGGGGUGCCGUCUCAGUCACAUCGCGGGAUGGCGAGAGUAUAUACGCCGAGCUCAAACCCGGGGCGUUCUUCGGGGAGAUUGGAUUGCUCAUGGACCGUCCUCGCACUGCGACCAUUAUCGCCCGGACUCGAUGCAUGCUGGUCGUGCUAACAAAAGACGACUUUCGGAAUAUAUUGCCUCGGUAUCCGGAGGUCGAGCAGGCGAUUCGGGAGGAGGCACAGGAACGCCCGGCACGAAGAGGCUCAAAACGACUACGUGACAGCUUUUCAAAGGAUCUAGCGGUUGCAGAGGAUGAUGGGGACUUGAACACCAAGUCCGUGUACAAGAAGAGGAAGUCACCGAGCCCCGGUCGGCGGGAUGGCUCCAGCGCACUGGCAAAUGGAUUGGUCAACGUACGUCUCUUACUAAAAGAGCUGCCGCUUUUUUCUGGGUUGCCUGCCGAUAUCCUCCACUAUCUUGGUCUCAAUGCCCAACCGCGAUCUUUCCCUCCAUUUACCGACAUUAUAAAACAAGACUCCCAGGGCCGUGAGCUCUAUUUCAUUGUUCGCGGCGAGGUGGAGGUUCUUACGGAAAAGGCAGAGGUGGACCACCCAUCAACAAACAAAAAUAGCCCAAAUGGGCUUGUUGAACGGCCGGGAGUUGAGGUUAAGGCUAGGCUGAAGCAAGGUCAGUACUUUGGCGAGGUGGUCAGUCUAGAUUUAGCACUUCGGAGAACCGCUACAGUUCGAUCUGUGACUUCGGUUGAGUGUUUGAUGCUCGACGGUGACGUCCUUGGUGAAUUUUGGGAGAAAUGCCCAAGUGACGUGCGGGAACAAGUUGAACAGACUGCCCAAGCAAGGCUUCAGGCAGCAGCCGAUGGCGAUGUUGUCAUGUCUGACGAGCCAGAUCCGCAACCAUCUAUGGGUGAUCUCGCCCUCGAUGACAGAGUAAAGAUCACAUCAUCGCGCCGACGGUCAAUGCCAUUACUUACUCUCACUGAAACCGAACUGGAUGGACCACAUCAGUCCUCGAGUGUUGAGGACCAGGACCAGGCUGUGUUGCGGCCCUCCGACCCCGAUCCAUAUCUCAGCUUGGGUCUGGAUAAGGUCAGGAUGCGAAGUCGACGCGGGUCGCUAGCACCGUUGGCCCCCGAGGAGAUGUCAGGGGAACAGCAGCGGUCAUCCCCCACGGAGCCGCGCUCUGCCAGUUCUUCAAACCUUGCCCUUCCCGAAACUGCCAGCCUCUUCAAGUCAUAUCAGACUGAGCGACCCCGGAUUGAUGGUUCCAAUGGAAUACUUCCGGACAGCGUCCUGCUAAGCAUUUUCCAAUUCCUUGAGCUCCACCACCUUCUUCGGAUGAGGGCAGUGUCGUCCCAUUGGUCAGAGCUCUUGUCCAGAUCUGCCGACGUGAUUCAUGAUCUAGAUUUGAGCAUCUACAACCGUAGAGUUACAGAUGACGUUCUUGUUAAGAUCAUCUGUCCCUUUGUCGGCAAUCGACCCCGAUCCGUGAAUAUCAACAAUUGCUUUCACAUCACCGACGAAGGCUUCACGGCAUUGGCCACGACUUGUGCCCCAAAUACCACCGUGUGGAAGAUGAAGAGUGUGUGGGAUGUCACGGCCUCUGCCAUUCUUGACAUGUCCAGCAAGGCUACUAAUAUGGAGGAGGUAGACUUGAGCAAUUGCCGCAAGGUCGGAGAUACACUUCUCGCCCGGAUCAUUGGAUGGGUCGUGCCUGCCGAUCAGAAGAUAGGCGAGAAACAGUUAUCGAUCAAACCCACAAUCCAGACAGCAGAAUGUACAGUGUACGGCUGUCCAAAAUUGAAGAAACUCACUCUCUCUUACUGCAAACAUGUCACCGAUCGAUCUAUGCAUCACAUUGCGUCUCACGCCGCUGGUCGGAUUGAGGAAAUGGAUUUAACUCGUUGCACCACAAUCACGGAUCAAGGGUUCAGAUACUGGGGGAAUGCUCAGUUCACCAACCUGCGAAAGCUUUGCUUAGCGGAUUGCACGUAUUUGACGGACAAUGCCAUCGUGCAUCUAACUAACGCGGCCAAAAACCUGGAAGAAUUAGAUCUGACUUUUUGCUGUGCAUUGUCAGAUACGGCAACCGAGGUCCUUGCUUUGCAGUGCUCACAUUUGAAGUAUCUUAAUAUGGCGUUCUGCGGCUCUGCAAUUUCCGAUCCCUCCCUAAGGAGCAUCGGUCUCCACCUACUCUCUCUUCAACAUUUAUCGGUCCGUGGCUGUGUUCGAGUCACUGGAGUGGGUGUUGAGGCUGUUGCAGAGGGCUGCCACCAACUCCAGAUUUUCGAUGUCAGUCAAUGCAAAAAUCUCGGACCCUGGCUUGAGGACGGUGGUGCUAUGCACUACCAGCCGAGAAUCGAAUUCAAAACUGUCGCCCCGAACAAAAAGAUAUUUGAAUGA